AAAGUACUUUAACCUGUCACAUAAAUCAUGAAGUUAAACUCUGGUGCAGUCCACGAAGACUGAAGACGGUGAACAGCCCAGAUUCAUCAUGACUCCUUCCUGCUUCGUAUUCAUUCUGGGAUUGUUUCUGCCUUUAUUCAUCAACGGACACAAAAUAAUUCCAAACGACCACUGUAAAUUGAUAAACCCACCCAGAAAUGGAGCUCUCGUUUGCCAUAAAGAUGAAGGAGGAUCCACUAUUUGCAGUGUAGCAUGCCAAAAAGGCUUUGGCAUUGUAAGAUCUAAAGACAAGACAAACACUUAUGACUUCUACAUGUGCACAUCUGAUGGGCUUUGGUAUGGAUAUAAUCAAUUUACCUAUACAUCGCCAGUGAAGUUUGUAAAACUCAGUGGAAGGCCAUGGCCUGACUGCUCAAUACUUAAAGACCAGAUAUCGUCAGAAAACAGCAAACGAGUUCUCCUGCAAAAAAGAAGCGAGCAAGGACUAAAAUCUUUUGCUUCCAAUGAUCAUAAAAGAAUUUGUGCUAUCAAUGCUGAUCAACCAAAAAAAGGAACUCUAAUUUGCUCUGAGCCCAUAGACAAAUGGAUUUUUUGCGGUUUUGUAUGCAAGAGAUACUUUGACAUAGUAAUAUCCAAAGGUGUCGACAAACCUUUUUCUGUCUACGCCUGCUCCGCUGAUGGGGUUUGGUAUGGAAUUAAUCAUUUUACCCAUAUAUCGCCAGGAAAGUAUAUAAAGCUUAGUGGAAGGCCAUCGCUUGACUGCACAGAGCUGGAAGAACAAAGAUUAUCUCAAAAGAGCAAAAGAACUCUCGUGCAAAAAAAGAGCACAAAAGAAUCAAAAUUUUCCGCCUCGAAAGAUCAUAAAAGCAUUUGUAAUAUAAAGGAUCAACCAAGAAAUGGAGCUUUAACUUGCUAUCAUCCGAUGGGAAGAUUUGUGGUUUGCACUUUUGCAUGCCGAAUUGGCUUUGACAAAGUAAGAUCCAAAGAUGACGACAAGACUUAUUUUGUCUACACAUGUUCAGCGGAUGGGACUUGGUAUGGAGUCACUGGUUUUGGACCGUUGUUGCGACAUGUAAAUCUCGGUGUUGGAGGAAGGCCAUGGCCUGAUUGUGCAAAACUGGAGGAUCAGAAAUCAACAACAAACAGCAAAAGAACCCUUGAGCAGGAAAGGAGCGGGCCUGGAUCACAGCUUUUCACUUUGACGAAGAGAACAGGUGCCAUUCCAAGACACUUCGCGACCAUGGCUGGACCAUGCAAUGACGUCAAUACGCAGUUGGUACUUAAGGCAAAGUUUAAUAGCGUACUGCAAAAAGAUGUUGUAACUAAAACCGUUUUCUGUCAAGAACCUUGCAAGAUGGAAAAUGUUUUUGUCAAUUGCCCGAAGUAAAG